AAGAGUUCGGGCUAUAUAUUUGAAGUUAUGAAGCCUGAGAACAGGAAAACAUAUUCUGGCCGAGGGGUGACAGCUUCUCAACUAGUCCGAGGGAGACAGCAGGCAGUGAUUUUCUUACAGUUCGGCACAACAAGAAAAUGUACAGAUGACUGGAUCCUUCCCCAAGCACACAAUGAUCAGUGAAAUUGUGAUAGUGCGUCAUCCUGUCUCUGUGUGUGUACCUGUGAACCAUAAGGUGACUCUGAGCGUCCGUGCUCAGGGCACAGGCAUCCUCAACUACCAAUGGUUUAGAGAUGGUGGAAAAGAAGUACGUGGUGGCACUCAAGCUGAUCUGACCAUCAGAGCUCAACAAACUCAGCUCUAUGUGUGCCGAGUGAAUGACCAGCACUAUAAAUGUGUGUUCAGCUACUGGGUGAAGGUCAAGGUGUUGGACAUUGAUAAAUCAGGCUUGCCCAUAGACUGGCAAGGUGAGCCUCACAUUGCCACCAACCCCAAGCCGCAAAAGAUUCAACCAGGUACAAAACUUGCUCUACAAUGCGCUGCCUUUGGUAUCCCAGCUCCUUCCUACCAGUGGUACAGAAAUGGACAGCCACUGCUGGACAUAACAAGCUGCACACUGCAGAUUGAGCACGCGACAGCUGAACACAGUGGAACAUACCUGUGCUCGCUAUCUAACACACUAGGAGAGAGGUGGACUGAGCCCAUCGAUGUUGACAUUGUGCAGAGUGAUCAACCUCCUCCAGCAGCGCUCACAGCUACUGAUAAGGUCGCCUUACUUAUUGGCAACUUGAAUUACUCCAACCACCCGGCCUUGAUGGCACCCGUCAUGGAUGUUCAUGAGCUCGGCAACCUCCUGCGGCAGCUUGGCUUCAGAGUCGUUUCCUUGCUGGAUCUGACCAGGGAGGAGAUGCUUACUGCUAUUGAGAAGUUCAUUCAUCUCCUUGACAAAGGCGUUUACGGCCUUUUCUACUAUGCGGGCCAUGGUUAUGAGCAUGCGGGAAGGAAUUACUUGGUGUCCGUCGAUGCUCCGCAACCGUACGGAACUGAAAACUGUGUCUGUGUGCAGAGGAUCAUGCUCAGCAUGCAGGAAAGGCAGACUGCACUGAGUGUAAUCCUACUGGACACCUGUAGAAAAUGGUACAACCAGGGUUCCUUACUAUCUGCCAUCAAGCCACUGGCACCCAGCGGGAACACAGUUUACGGUUAUGCCACGUGCGAAGAUGCUGAAGCAUUCGAGGUCCAGGACGGGGGCAAGAGUACUGGGAUCUUUACAAAGUACUUGAACAAGCACAUCCUGCAAGCUGAGAAAGUCACGCAUGUUUUAGAGAAGGUUUCAGAGGAUCUGGGCAGAGAUCCUCUAAUCACAGGCAAACAGGCGGUGGAGAUCAAACACACAUUGAAGGAACCACGAUCCCUUGCAGAUCCAGUUCGAACCACCGGCCACACAAAAGAGCUUCACCUGCGAGACGCCUGCUGGAGACAAGCAAAUGAGCUUCCACGGAAGAAGCGGCUGAUGUUUCUUUGCGGAGUAGAAGUGGAAGUCAGCUUCUCAGCUUUGUACUCUAAUGUUCUCGUAGCUUUUGCCACUGUAAAGACCACAGGCCCCCAUACCCAGGACUGCGUGGUCACACUAAGCAGUAUACCUACGAUGGAAGACAUAUUUUCCAGGUCUGGCAGGUCAGAGGAGAUGGACUCACUACUACUUAUGAAUAAUGUUAACCCAGACUGUACUCUGAGGCUCUGUGCUCUUCAGAAGCUCAAGGAGUCGAUGGUCAUAAAGGUGGAUCUACACUAUACUCACAGAGACAGUAAACUGCGUCAGACAGAAAGCCAGCGGGUGGACAUAGGAAAGCCUCUCGUGGCUUCCUGCAAGCUGUACAGGAGGAAUCAUGGAGCAGCAGGCAGGACACGAGAAGGCGCUUUUGCUAAAAGCAUGGGCAACAUCACUAGCAGCAAUGCCCCGCUGCAUCAGACUGGGUCAUGCCGCCCUUUCACUAGAAAGGCGGUGUGUGCUGCUAAAAUUCCUGUUACGUGGAGCAAUGAACCUGAAGAGAAUGAUGAGAACGACUUCAGCUGUCCACAUUAAAACUUUCUGGUACUACUUUUGUAAAUACUGGUUGGAAAUCUCUUGUUUUGUUUACAGUUGCUGUAAACAUGUUUGUACUUGUCUAUGAAUGAUGAUGAUAAUUAAUGUAUAAGUGAGUAAGUGAUUGAGGUUUGUGUUUGUCUUACCAGCCUUCAGCUGUUAGAUUAGUAGGCACAAUAACACUGUAAGCUGAUUUUCAUCAUAAAUUAUAUGCUUAGAAAACAUUAAUUGUAUAUAACACUUUUGUUUUUUCCAUCAGUGGCAAGCUGGCUAGCCUAAAUUAUUAAAUGAAGACGAUACUGUCAGUAAUUUAUCUAAUAAAGAAUACUACAUUGAUCACUUUUUUAAAAAAACAAACAAGCAAUUUAUUAUAUCAAUAUGUUUUGCUGUUGAACUUUAAAAUCUACUUUUUUAAUUGUUUUGGGUUUUUUUUGUUUGUUUGUUUGUUUGUUUGUUUUUCUCAAGGAGCAUUUUCACAGUGAUGCU